GCCAAAACCUCGACACCAACAACAGACCUCCCCAUUAAGGCGGACGGCGCCAACGUCAACAUCACAGCUGCCAUUUAUGACGAGAUCCAACAGGAGAUGAAAAGGGCCAAGGUAUCUCAAGCUCUGUUUGCCAAAGUGGCUGCCAAUAAAAGUCAGGGCUGGCUGUGUGAGCUGCUUCGCUGGAAAGAAAACCCAAGUCCAGAAAACCGCACCCUUUGGGAGAACCUCUGCACCAUUCGCCGCUUCCUGAACCUUCCCCAGCAUGAGAGGGACGUGAUCUACGAGGAGGAGUCCAGACAUCACCACAGUGAGCGUAUGCAGCACGUUGUCCAGCUCACUCCUGAGCCGGUGCAGGUGCUGCACAGACAGCAGUCCCAGCCUGCAAAGGAGAAUUCUCCACCUAGAGAAGAGGCUCCUCCUCCACCCGCUGAGGACAGUUGUGCCAAAAAGCCAAGAUCCCGUACCAAGAUCUCCUUGGAAGCUCUAGGUAUCCUUCAAAGCUUUAUCCACGACGUGGGUCUCUACCCUGAUCAGGAAGCCAUCCACACCCUCUCUGCUCAGCUGGAUCUCCCCAAACACACCAUCAUCAAAUUCUUCCAGAACCAACGUUACCAUGUAAAGCACCAUGGGAAGCUAAAAGAGCAUUUGGGAACGGUGGUUGACGUGGCAGAGUACAAGGAUGAGGAGCUGCUGACAGAGUCAGAGGAGAACGACAGCGAGGAGGGCUCUGAGGAAAUGUACAAAGUGGAGCCUGAGGAGGAGAACCCCGACAAGAGCAAGGCGGCCUCAGCGGACAUCGACCAGAGAUAAUGUGAGAUAGGAGUGCAGAAAGCAAUACAUUGAUCCAAGGAUUUUCUGGUUUUAUUUUAAAUUUUUUUCUCUUUUUACAUUUUGUUUGUUUGUUUCUGUUGCGCAUGAUCCAUGUGCAAACCGAACGAAUUCAGCAUUGCCCAAUCAGACAUCGCCUUGACACAGACACUUGCGUGUUACACCUCCUACAUUUGACUGAAGUAAUCAUUGUAAUCACAUAGGAUUAUGCCUUCAUUAACCUUGCACUUAUGAGAGGGACAUCUAGCAAGUAAAUGGGAAGAAAAAGUCCUAUGAAAUCAAUGAAGGAAAAUUCACAACUUUGUGUGUAUAUAUAUAUAUAUAUUUACAUAAAAUAUAUAUAUAUUAAAAUUGCAUGGGACGGAACUUUACAACCUGAAAGUAUAGACUGUGAAAUGCGUUCUUUAAAGAUGAGACUUGUUUAUGUAUUAAAACCACUUCACAAUGAGUUGCUUUGGCUUUUUGAUAAACUGCCGCCUGCUCUCAGGGUGUGGUGACUAUUUUUGAAUUCCUAUUUAUUUUCUAUGUUAUCCCUGAUUUUUUUUUUUUUUUAAUUAUAAUUAUAUGGCUUCCUAUCUGGCAACUUGAUGGGUAAUUUUUGAGGUAUGUAUUUAAAGACGUAAAUCAACACUGCCAAAAA